UCCGUGCAACACCUCAUGUCUCUCGGUUACAACUUCUCACCAAAUUAUGGCUUUGGAUUACAAUAACAACGCGAGUCAUUCACUCAUAUCUAACUUAUCGUCGCCCGCGGCUGUGGACUACCAUUAUGAGCUGGGUUACAUGUUUUGGAGUGAUACACGCGAGAGAAACAUCAAGCGCUCAAAUAUGGACGGCACAAACAUUACAGUGAUCCAAGUGAUCGGGGACUGUUACGGGCUUGCCGUGGAGUGGAACUCAAUGCAGUUGUAUUGGACAGACGUGAGAAAUCGCAGCAUAUCAGUAUCAGACCUCGAGGGGAAUAACAGACGUGUCUUCAAUUGCUCAAUCUCAGAUUACCCAAUAGGAAUUGUUCUCGACCCACACGAGGGAGUGAUGUUUUGGACUGAGUGGAAAUCAACUGCAAGCAAUUUUUCAAAAGUCAUGAAAUCAACUUUGGACGGAACACACUGCGCCACUCUGGUAGCUUCCAAGUUUUUUACCUUUGCUGGCAUCACUCUUGACAGACGAAGCAAACUUGUUUUCUGGUUGGAAUACGGGAGGAGUGUUGUAGAAUCCGUCGAUUAUAGUGGAAAUAACAGAAGGGUAGUCUUAAAUUAUCUGCCUCAUUCAAGUCUCAGGGGAGUUACCUUCGCCUCGUCAUAUUUAUUCGUUAGUUCACUCAGGGGCAACCUUCAUAAAGUACAUGCCUCCAAUGGAUCAGUUAUUAGGAGAUUUGUGAUCGACCCCAGGGUAUCUCAUGGACUCGUUGCAUUCGACAGCUCUUUGCAGUCCCCAGGUUUGUUAUCCUCAAAGUAA